UUUUUUUUCGUCUCGUAUGAUACCCAGGAAGAAGACUUUACUAUCUUAAUCCGAAAUUCCACACCUCCUACCUCCUUAAUCCCGCCGCCCACACACACAGCACCGCCAACAUGCCCCGUUCCAAGCGUGCCAGAGUCGUGCACGAGUCCAAGACCACCAAGAAGUCGCACAAGGAACAGACCCGCCGCCUAUACGCCAACAUCCGGGAAUGCGUCGAGAAGUACGAUCACCUGUUUGUAUUUGGCGUGGACAACAUGCGCAACACAUACCUGAAGGAUGUGCGCACCGAAUUCGCCGAUAGCCGUCUCUUCUUCGGCAAAACCAAAGUCAUGGCCGUCGCCCUCGGCCACAACCCCGAAACCGAAGCCGCCCAGAACCUGCACAAGCUGGCCCCGACCCUGACGGGCGCCGUGGGCUUGCUCUUCACCUCGCGCGACCCCGCCAGCGUGACAGACUACUUCGACAACUUCCGGCCGUUGGACUACGCGCGCGCCGGCACGGUUAGCACGCGCGCCUUCACCAUCCCCGCGGGGCUCGUGUACUCGCGGGCGGGCGAGGUGCCUGCCUCCGAGGACGAGCCCGUUAGCCACACGAUCGAGCCCGAGCUGCGCAAGCUGGGCGUGCCGACUCGUCUCGUGAAGGGGAAGGUCAUGUUGGAGCUGACGGAGGGACAGGAGGGGUACCCUGUGUGUCGGGCUGGGGAGGUGCUGGAUUCGCGGCAGACCACGCUCCUGAAAAUGUUUGGGGUCGUCUCGUCGGAGUUCCGGGUCGCAUUGAAGGCGCACUGGACGAGGAGUACGAGUGAGGUCGAGAUUUUGGCCAAGGAUGAGGAUGGGAUGGAGGAGUAGAGGAUUCUCGAAGUCUUUCGGACAAAAAAAAAAGCAAUGAACAAAUCUGGGAAUGUCCCGUUUUCUUUUCAAUGACUCUUUUCAUCAUGGUUUCGGGGUCUGCGGG